CGAAAAGAGGCCAAAGGGGCUUACAGUUGGUGUCAGGCAUGUGGCCUUGGAACAUGUCCGAGAAGAGGCAAAAGGCGCUAACAGUUGGCAUGAGGCAUGUGGCCUUGGAACACGUGCGUGCAGAGUCCAAAGGGGCUAAAUGUUUGUGUCAGGCAUGUGGCCUUGGAACAUGUCCGAAAAGAGGCAAAAGGGGCUAACAAUUGGCAUGAGGCAUGUGGCCUUGGAACACGUGCGUGCAGAGUCCAAAGGGGCAAACAGUUGGGAUCAGGCAUGUGGCCUUGGAAUACGGACGAGCAGAGACCCUAAGGGGCUAAAUGUUUGUGUCAGGCAUGUGGCCUUGGAACAUGUCCGAGCAGAGGCCAAAGGGGCUAACACUUGGCGACGGGCAUGUGGCCUUGGAACAUGUCCGAAAAGAGGCCAAACGGGCUAACAGUUGGCGUCAGGCAUGUGGCCUUGGAACAUGUCCGAAAAGAGGCAAAAGGGGCUAACAAUUGGCAUGAGGCAUGUGGCCUUGGAACACGUGCGUGCAGAGUCCAAAGGGGCAAACAGUUGGGAUCAGGCAUGUGGCCUUGGAACACGGACGAGCAGAGACCCUAAGGGGCUAAAUGUUUGUGUCAGGCAUGUGGCCUUGGAACAUGUCCGAGCAGAGGCCAAAGGGGCUAACAGUUGGCGACGGGCAUGUGGCCUUGGAACACGUGCAAUCAGAGACCAAAGGGGCUAACAGUUGGAGUCAGGCAUGUGGCUUUGGAACAUGUCCGAAUAGAGGCCAAGGGGGCUAAAAGUUGGCGUCAGGCAUGUGGCCUUGGAACACGUGCAAGCAAAGGCCAAAGGGGCUAACAGUUGGCAUCAGGCAGGUGGCUUUGGAACAUGUCCGAAAAGAGGCCUAAGGGGCUAACAGUUGGCGUCAGGCAUGUGGCCUUGGAACACGUGUGAGCAGAGGCCAAAGGGGCUAACAGUUUGCGUCAGGCAUGUGGCCUUGGAACACGUGCGAGCUGAGGCCAAAGGGGCUAACAGUUGGCAUCAGGCAGGUGGCUUUGGAACAUGUCCGAAAAGAGGCCUAAGGAGCUAACAGUUGGCGUCAGGCAUGUGACCUUGGAACACGUGUGAGCAGAGGCCAAAGGGGCUAAUGGUUGGCGUCAGGCAUGUGGCCUUGGAACACGUGCAAGCAGAGGCUAAAGGGGCUAACAGUUGGCAUCAGGCAGGUGGCUUUGGAACAUGUCCGAAAAGAGGCCUAAGGGGCUAACAGUUGGCGUCAGGCAUGUGACCUUGGAACACGUGUGAGCAGAGGCCAAAGGGGCUAAUGGUUGGCGUCAGGCAUGUGGCCUUGGAACACGUGCAAGCAGAGGCCAAAGGGGCUAACAGUUGGCAUCAGGCAGGUGGCUUUGGAACAUGUCCGAAAAGAGGCCUAAGGGGCUAACAGUUGGCGUCAGGCAUGUGACCUUGGAACACGUGUGAGCAGAGGCCAAAGGGGCUAACAGUUGGCAUCAGGCAGGUGGCUUUGGAACAUGUCCGAAAAGAGGCCUAAGGCGCUAACAGUUGGCGUCAGGCAUGUGGCCUUGGAACACGUGUGAGCAGAGGCCAAAGGGGCUAACAGUUGGCGUCAGGCAUGCGGCCUUGGAACACGUGCGAGCAGAGGCCAAAGGGGCUAAUGGUUGGCGUCAGGCAUGUGGCCUUGGAACACGUGCAAGCAGAGGCCAAAGGGGCUAAUGGUUGGCGUCAGGCAUGUGGCCUUGGAACACGUGCAAGCAGAGGCCAAAGGGGCUAACAGUUGGCGUCAGGCAUGCGGCCUUGGAACACGUGCGAGCAGAGGCCGAAGUGGAGGCUCUGUGGAAGCAGCUGGGUGAAGCUGCAUGAAUGGCGCCUCUGUGUGAUGACCUCGCCGCCUGGGGCCUGGCUCACUGCCUCGCCAGACGAGCUGCGGACAUGGCGAGACCUCACUGCUGGAAUUCUUACACAAUUAUAACGUGCUUGGUCGUGACACAAGCACUGACGGAGGAAAAUUUCUGGGGUGAUGAUGAUGGCUACUUCAUCGACAACAUGAACGAUAUUGCACCAGUAUCUGGGCCAGAGCUGCUGCAGUGUCCUUCCAACAACGUGAUCAAGACCCGCUACAAGUGCCAGGUGCAAGGCGAGUGGGUGGAUUGUGUGCGCCAGCACUGCUGCCAGAACUACACUUACAUUGGAGGCAGGUGUCUUCCGAAAGGAGUGGACCCCUGCUCCUUGAACCUGUGCGAGCAGCGGUGCACCGUGUACUUGCAGAGAGUCAUCUGCACGUGCUACCCGGGCUACCAGUUCAACCCGGAGAACCAGAAGAACGGCGUCACGCCAUUAUGUGAAGAUGUGGACGAGUGCGCCGACAGCGAUAACAACGACUGUGAGCAGCAGUGCGUGAACACUGCUGGCGGCUUCCAGUGCGUCUGUGGCGACGGCUUCGAGCUGCGCGCAGACAACAAGACCUGCGAGCCAUCAGACACGCAGACCGAGGAUCCUCAGGCACAGGCCGCCUCCAAGAGUCGCUGUUACGCCAGGUGCGACACCGUCAGCCGCCUGCAUGGCAAGGUCAACGACCUGCACGAGAAGGUGCUGGCGCUAAGUACAGCGGUCCGGCUGUCGAGCUUCGCUUCCGGCCCGCCUGGGCCACCAGGAAGACCUGGGCCUCCCGGGCCUGUGGGUCCACGAGGAUUCCCAGGUCCCGAGGGAACACCCUCGGAGACCACAGCUUCUGGAGACUUCACCAACAGCAUCCUCGACUCGUUCGUGGCGGACGAGGACAACAAAGUACAGCCCUUCUGCCGAUGCAAACGAGGAGCUUUGGGUCCCCCCGGCCCCCCGGGCAAGGAGGGGAUGAAAGGCGAGCCAGGAGAGAAAGGUGCUCGGGGUCCCAAGGGCAAUCCUGGGUCUUUUGACUUCCUGCUCCUGCUUCUAGCUGACAUACGUCACGACAUCCAGAACUUACAAGAGAAAGUGUUUGGCGAGCAAGAAGCGCCUCCCUUCGACCUGCAAGUGGCGCUCCAGAAGCACAGGUUCCGGGAGUCUCGCCGGAGGCACGAGGGCAGACUGGUCGCUCACUUCUCCGACGACGGGAGUGGGUGGCCGUCCUCCGGAGACGUGGAGGACUACGGGGAGGAAGAGUACACGUGAGGCACGCCGCGAGGAGGAACACAAUAAUACUGCAGAGACGUGCAGUUCUUUCCAGCUUCAGAUGUGCGAAUCAUCACUUGAAAGUGGUGGUUGUGAAGAAUGUUAUUAGAGAAAUAGUAAUUAAUGUAGUGUUUUAGCAACACGGAUACCUACUCUAGGGGCACACUUUGUAAGCUCUAUUUGAUUGGCCUGCACAGUAAUUGUUUAGAUAGUAUUACCUGGUUAAUUAGAAUGGAAAUCAUA